ACCCUCUAAGAAGCUUACUAUAUAUAUGCUUACUAUAUGGAGUAUGUCUUAAGAAUCUUAACAUUAAGUAGAAAACUAUUAACCGGCAAAAAUGGUUUCCCAAAGGUUUUUCGUUACUUUAUUUUGUCUGUUUGCAACCUUAAUCACAGUUGUUAAAGGAAACAACAAUAACAACAGAAAGCUAUUGACAAGUUACCAGCCGCAUUCUCCUCCUCAAUCUCCAGUUUAUAGGCCUCCUGUUGCUCCUCCAACCCCAGUGUAUAAACCUCCUGUUGCUCCUCCUACUCCGGUGUAUAAACCUCCGGUUGAUGUUCCUCCUCCUUCUCCUAAACCACAAACCGCCUACUACUACAGGAGGUCUCCACCGCCACCACCCUCUGGACAUGGAAGAGUGUAUCCACCUCCUCCUUCCAAACCUUGGUGGUGGUUGUUGAGGCGUUAAGAAGCAUGCAAUUAGCUGAUGGAUUGUUAUUUGAUGGAAGUUUGCCUGGAAACAUUACGAGUGCAUUAUUUGUCUUAACUUUGUCUUCACGUCUUGCAAUUUGCCGGAGUUUCUCCAUCUUUGGUUUGCGGGUUUGCAGUGUGAUUUUAAAGCUUCUUCGUUCAAUCGGUUUGUUUAACCUUUUCUAAUUGUAUGUGCCAGAACUUGUUAACUAAAUAUCAAAUGGACAGUCUUUGUUUAUCGAUUAAA